AUGGGCAGCGCCCACCCUCGCCCCUGGCUGCGGCUCCCACCCGGGCCCCAGCCGCGGCCUGAGCUCUGGGCGCUCCUGUUCUUCCUACUGCUGCUGGCUGCCGCCGUGCCCAGGUCAGCACCCAACGACAUCCUGGGCCUCCGCCUACCCCCAGAGCCUGUGCUCAACGCCAACACAGUGUGCCUGACACUGCCCGGCCUGAGCCGGCGGCAGAUGGAGGCCUGCGUGCGUCACCCUGACGUGGCUGCCUCGGCUAUCCAGGGCAUCCAGAUCGCCAUCCACGAGUGCCAGCAUCAGUUCCGGGACCAGCGCUGGAACUGUUCCAGCCUGGAGACUCGGAACAAAGUCCCCUACGAGAGUCCCAUCUUCAGCAGAGGUUUUCGAGAGAGUGCUUUCGCCUACGCCAUAGCAGCGGCCGGGGUAGUACACGCCGUGUCCAACGCGUGCGCCCUGGGCAAACUGAAGGCUUGUGGUUGCGACGCCUCCAGGCGUGGGGAUGAAGAGGCCUUCCGUCGGAAGCUGCACCGCCUGCAGCUGGACGCGCUGCAGCGCGGUAAGGGCCUGAGCCACGGGGUCCCGGAACACCCUGCCCUGCCCCCUGCCAGCCCAGGCCUGCAGGACUCCUGGGAGUGGGGUGGCUGCAGCCCGGAUGUGGGCUUCGGAGAACGCUUCUCCAAGGACUUUCUGGACUCCCGGGAGCCUCACAGAGACAUCCACGCACGCAUGAGACUCCACAACAACCGUGUUGGCAGGCAGGCGGUGAUGGAGAACAUGCGGCGAAAGUGCAAGUGCCACGGCACGUCAGGCAGCUGUCAGCUCAAGACGUGCUGGCAGGUGACGCCCGAGUUCCGCGCCGUGGGGGCGCUGCUGCGCAGCCGCUUCCACCGCGCCACGCUCAUCCGGCCGCACAACCGCAACGGGGGCCAGCUGGAGCCCGGCCCCCCGGGGGCCCCCUCGCCAGCCCCGGGCGCUCCAGGGCUACGCCGGAGGGCCAGCCACUCCGACCUGGUCUACUUUGAGAAAUCGCCCGACUUCUGCGAGCGGGAGCCGCGCCUGGACUCGGCGGGCACUGUGGGCCGCCUGUGCAACAAGAGCAGCGCGGGCCCCGACGGCUGCGGCAGCAUGUGCUGCGGCCGCGGCCACAACAUCCUGCGCCAGACGCGCAGCGAGCGCUGCCACUGCCGUUUCCACUGGUGCUGCUUCGUGGUCUGCGAAGAAUGCCGCAUCACCGAGUGGGUCAGCGUCUGCAAGUGAGCAGGCCCAAGCUCGCCUGGGUCUCAAGAAAUGUUCUCCACCUGGGUGCCUGGCUUGCUUCUGCCGCUGGCGAUCUGGGCCCGGGCGGCAGCAGCAGCCGCCGCCUUGGUUCCUGAGAGAGGUGGUUGGCUCUUACGGCCCUGAGACAUCACAGACAGUCUAGACCUGACUGGCACCCUUCUGCUGGCUUCUGUGGGUCGCUCUCUUCCUCCUCCUAGCUCAGACAGCUGGAGGCGAUG